AUGUAUUUAGCUAUCACAACUAAAAGAUAUGGUGUCUCGGUGAAUAUCUAUGGCGAUAAUUUAAUGGGAGGUCAAGGUUCAGGUCCUUACUGGCUUAAAGAUGUCACCUGUAAUGGUGACGAGGAGAACCUGUUGGCUUGUCCAGAUUUGAAUUGGGGACCUCACUCUGACUACGACAGAGUCGCCGCAGUGAUUUGCAGCAAUACUGCCUUCGAUGGAAACAGGGCUCCGUUACGACUGUCUGGUGGUAAUUCGGCUUCAUCGGGUGUUCUGGAGAUAUUUUAUGCCGGUCACUGGGGCAACAUUGGGUAUACGACUAGCUAUUUCGUGCAAGAAGACCUUGAUGUCGCCUGUAGACAGUUAAACUAUUCCAAUGGAUUUGCUGUUGCGGAUUACUAUGGUUCUGGGGAUGAACUGAUGGUGAUUUGGGGUAGGGAUGUGGAUUGCAACGGCACGGAACAGUAUCUGGAGGAUUGUGCAGGCGACUGGACACUGAACACGAAAGGAUAUCAACAUUUGUAUGACGUCGGAGUGAUUUGUUCCUUAGAGGAAUUGAACACGACAAUGGAAGGGGAACUCCGGAUUGUUGACGGGACUCCAACGAUUGGACGACUUGAGAUAUACAUUCAUGGAAUAUGGGGCGGUAUAUGUGUUAAAAAAUGGAAAUAUUCUGCAGCAAGCGUGGCGUGCCGGCAAAUGGGAUUUACAAGCGGUAGAGCGUUGUUUAAUAAUUUCUUCGGACAAGAUGACGGACCUGUUUGGAUGAGCGAUGUACAGUGUGUAGGUAAUGAGUCUAUGCUGGUCGAAUGUCCAUUUGGAGGCUGGGGUGUCCAGGAACUAUUUCCGAUCGCGGCAUUAUCCAGGGACCUCCGACAUGGAAUUGGUAUUAUUUGCAGUGACUUGGAACAUUAUUCGGAAGCAGACGACAUGUAUGGUGACAUCCGACUGGCAUCAGGGUCAUCGGAAAAAUCUGGUCGUAUAGAGGUUUAUGGACCAACUGGGUAUGGCACGAUACGGAAGGAUGCCAUUUCCUCUGAAUCAUACGAGGUUAUUUGCAACCAGCUUGGAUGGAGCACGCCGCAAAUAGAUGACAGUUUUGGCCCAGGCACAGGAAUGGUAUGGCUGUUCGUGGUGAACUGUAACGGAGACGAGGAAAGAUUUGAGUACUGUAAAUCAUCCGGAUGGGGUCUGUACGCAAGAACCAAUCACGCGAAGGAUACAGAAGAGGACGGGGAGACUACAACCCUACCACCUGAAGAAAUCCGAAACAUCAUGUUAGAACUCACGAUCACCAGCGACAUUGUUAUGAAGAUACUAAAUAAUCAGGGACCAAAGAAAUCUCCAGGACUAGACAACGUGCCUUCCGGAUUUUUUGAAAAUGUCCUCCUUCGCUCUUGCUCGUCCUCUUGCUAUAAAAUUCAACCAAUCACUAAAAAGGGAUCUGCUCACGAAUAUUGGAAAAGAGCUCAAGUAUGCGCUAUACACAAGAAGGGAGACAAAUACGUUUCAGGGAACUAUCUAGACCUGGCAGUUUGA